AUGCAGCCGGCAAUGAUGAUGUUUUCCAGUAAAUACUGGGCAAGGAGAGGGUUUUCCCUGGAUUCAGCGGUGCCUGAAGAGCAUCAGCUACUUGGCAACUUAACAGUAAAUAAAUCUAACUCUGGCAAAAAUGAUGAUAAAAAAGGCAACAAGGGAAGCAGCAGAAGUGAAACUGCUCCUGACAGUGGCAAGACGGCGGUCGUGUUCUCCCUGCGGAACGAAGUGGGUGGGUUAGUAAAGGCAUUGAAACUCUUCCAGGAAAAACAUGUCAACAUGGUUCAUAUUGAGUCCAGGAAAUCCCGGCGAAGAAGUUCAGAGGUUGAAAUCUUCGUGGACUGUGAGUGUGGCAAAACAGAAUUCAAUGAGCUCAUUCAGUUGUUGAAAUUUCAAACCACAAUUGUGACAUUGAAUCCACCAGAGAACAUUUGGACAGAGGAAGAAGAGCUAGAGGAUGUGCCCUGGUUCCCCCGGAAGAUCUCGGAGUUAGACAAAUGCUCUCACAGAGUUCUCAUGUAUGGUUCUGAGCUCGAUGCCGAUCACCCAGGGUUUAAGGACAACGUCUAUAGACAGAGAAGAAAGUAUUUUGUGGACGUGGCCAUGAGUUAUAAAUAUGGUCAGCCCAUUCCCCGGGUGGAGUACACAGAGGAAGAAACGAAAACGUGGGGCGUUGUGUUCCGGGAGCUCUCCAGACUCUAUCCCACCCACGCUUGCCAGGAGUAUCUGAAAAACUUCCCUCUGCUGACCAAAUACUGCGGCUACAGGGAGGACAACGUGCCUCAGCUGGAAGACGUCUCCAUGUUUCUGAAAGAAAGGUCUGGCUUCGCAGUGAGGCCUGUGGCUGGGUACCUGAGCCCACGAGACUUCCUGGCAGGACUGGCCUACAGAGUGUUCCACUGCACUCAGUACGUGCGGCACAGCUCGGACCCCCUCUACACCCCGGAACCAGACACAUGUCAUGAGCUCUUGGGACACGUUCCACUACUUGCAGACCCUAAGUUUGCUCAGUUUUCACAAGAAAUAGGCCUGGCAUCUCUGGGAGCAUCAGAUGAAGAUGUUCAGAAACUAGCAACGUGCUAUUUCUUCACCAUCGAGUUUGGCCUUUGUAAGCAGGAAGGACAGCUGAGGGCGUAUGGAGCGGGGCUGCUGUCCUCCAUCGGAGAGCUGAAGCACGCUCUUUCUGACAAGGCAUGUGUGAAAGCCUUCGACCCGAAGACCACGUGCUUGCAGGAGUGCCUCAUCACCACCUUCCAGGAAGCCUAUUUUGUCUCUGAAAGUUUUGAAGAAGCCAAAGAAAAGAUGAGGGAAUUUGCGAAGUCAAUUACUCGGCCCUUCUCAGUACACUUCAAUCCCUACACACAGAGUGUUGAAGUUCUGAAAGACAGCAGAAGUAUUGAGAGCGUCGUGCAGGACCUCCGCAGCGACUUGAAUACAGUGUGUGAUGCCUUGAACAAAAUGAACCAGUAUCUGGGGGUUUGAUGCCUGGAACCAGCGUUGUCACCGGUGUGAUCAUUGUGGGGCUUAGCAGUCAAUGUCAUAUAACACCAAUAACUUUCUGUGUCUUGGCUUGGCUAGUAAGCAUGCAAUUCUGUAUAUCUCUACUUAUGUGUGACUUACUGUGUUAAAUGUGUGAAACACCAUAAAGAACCAAGUGACAGAUAACCACUCACUGCAUGAAAGAUUGUAGUAUGUUUAAGUGUCUUAAACAGAUUUGACGUUCCUGCUUAGUGUCCCUAAACAAACUGCAUCUGUUUAAUAUUUGUAACAAGUAACUCUUACGAUUGUAGCUUAUGACCUUUUCUUUCUCAAAUCUGAGCCUUUCCUCUGUGUUCAAUAGAUAAAAUGAAAAUAGCAGUGACACUAUUCCUGUUUUCUGUACACCAGUGUUUUCACAGCAUUAUUUGAGAUAAACCCAGAAUUGUAUGAAACUUCUCAUCAUAUUAACAAAAGAUUCAGUAUUCUGUUUCAAAAAUUGUUGAUGUAACACACUAGUUGGAAUGACUUUUAGGUUGAGUUCAUUGUGCAAUGUAAGAAAAGUGAGCUUUCUACAAAUGGAAUAUAUAGGUUGCAUUGACCUUGUAGAAACUGAGUUGUAGCAUGCUUCCCAGAGUAUUUUGGGAGAGAAUACUCUCAGAAAGAACAUUAGGAGAGACUAAACAGUGGGGAAUAAUCAUGGGACUGUGAAUUUUAUGCUGGAAUAAAGUGAAUUAUUAUGCUCAGGUGUUUAACCCAUUUCUCUUAGAGACAAUAAAAUCAUAAGACUUCGCUUUC